GCACACCUUUUUGACAUACAGUCGCGGUGUAGCUGUUUUUUGUGGUACCUGCAGUACUCUGCGAACGUAUUCUUUUUUGUUUUUCUACCACCAUUUAGAUCGUCAAGAUGGACUCCUAUGCCGACUUGCUGAACCUCAACUUCAUGUACUCCCUGCGCACGGGGAACCUGCUCACGGACAUGAUGAUUGCGGCCCUCCUCCCUCUUGUCUCCGGCGCGGUCGCCUACGUCACACGCACCUGGUGGCCACAGCUUGUGAACCGUCUGUUGGCUUACUUCUCCAACAUCGACAGCACGAGUGUCUCCUUUCGCACCUCCGAAGAACACGCCUCCAUUUAUUACGGCUUCACUCUUCGCUUGGCCCUCUCCACGUACGUGACGAAAGUAUUGCGGCCACGCUUCGAUGUGGCGGAGCUGAAGUAUCUCUCGAUUCCCGGCAAGAGGAUGCACGAAGCCGCCAGCUAUGCGGAGGCGCUGCGGGACUUCUGCUUCGUCGACGCCGGGCCGGCGAAGGAGGUGCCGAUGAAGCUGAUGCACAACCUGGAGCUGAGGCAGUCCGACGCAGGCGGCGGGGACGAGGGGGACAAAAAGGACAAAGGGGAGGCGUCGGGUGGGUCCAAGAAGACCAAGGUCAGCCGUGACACCCUCUUCACGCUCAUCCAGUACCGCCCCAGCUUUCCCACAAUGAGAAAGCUGAUGUGGGCUGAGGAAGCACGCGCUGACCGCGGUGCAUCAGCACAGGAGUUGGCGGAGUUAGAGGAGAAGACGAAGGGGAACGGCGACGCGAUCCAGCUCGUGCUGGACCGUGCCUUGGAGCACUACCGUGAGGAGUACAAGCAAGCCGGUAUCAGCACCGACCGUUACCUCUACCAGCCGCUUCUCAUGCGGCCGAAACUCGGCUUUGGCGUCAGCGGCGCCGACGAGAAGGCCGGGAACGAAGGCAAGAUGGACUGCAACCGCUACCUUCUGCGCUCCGAGAAAACGUUCAGCUCCCUCUUCUUCCCUGAAAAGCCGCGCCUGCUACAGCUCAUCGAGGACUUCGAGAACAAGACGGGCAAGUACGCCAUUCCUGGUUACCCACAGAAGCUGGUGCUGCUGCUCUACGGUCCUCCCGGGACGGGUAAGACGAGUCUGGCGAAGGCCGUCGCAGCCCAUACGCAGCGCGACCUCUUUGCCAUCUCUCUCUCCCGCAUCUGGUCGGACGAGGAGUUGCUGAAGUACAUGUUCAGUGGCCACGUGAAGGUCAAGAACGAGGAGGACGAAAGCAACAACAACAGGUACGGCCGCAGCGACAACGAGGACCGAAAAGCGCUGGAUCCGACGAAACUCGUGUACAUCCUCGAAGACGUGGACGCGACGAGUGCGGUAGUGCUGAAGGGGGAGGAGGAGCAAGAGGAGGAUGCGGCGCAGUCGGCGGCGGUGGCGGCGGCAGGGACAGAGGAGACGGAGCGCUCCUCUUCUGUGCCUGGGAGCCUUGACAUGAGCGAGGCAUCGAAAAGGAAAAGGAAAAAGAAGGCGAAGGGCUCGACGCGGCCGCUUUCUGACGACGGCGGCGGCAGUGAGCGCGACGGGGCAGAAGGGGCGGGAGACGAAGAUGCAGCUGAUGCUUCUCGCGCCGUUUCUGUUACGGGCAAGGAGACGGCAGAGUCGACAAAGGCUGACGCAGAGAGCAUCUCGACGGAGCGCGAGGUGGUGGCCGUAAAGGGCAAGAAUGCGAGACGCACGAGCAAGUUGACCAUCAAGGGCUUGACGAACGCCUUGAACGGUGUGCUGGACUUCCCGCAGCGCAUUGUGAUCAUGACGACGAACCACAUCGAGAAGCUGCACCCGUCGCUUCUGCGCCCAGGCGUGGUAACGAUGAAGCUGCACAUGCACAACUUCGACGCGGACUGCGCAUUGGCCAUGGUGGCGCACUACUUCUCGCACACGGUGAUUCGCCCCGAGCAGUUGGAGGAGCUUCGGACGCUCGUGGAGGCGGCGUCGCCUAAGGCUUCCAAGGCGGACACGACGGCGUCUGUCUCAGAGGACGCCGCUGUUGCCUCCGGUGCCGGCAACAGCACGAGUGAAACGAAGCGUUUUAGUCCGGCGGAGCUCGAGCAGCGCUGCGCGGAGUGCGAGACCAUCGAUGAGCUGCUGGCAGCCCUGCGCCAGGGCAGUCGAGUGAACACGUUUUAG